GUUCCGUCAAAGUUCAAACUGAGCCCCCGCCGCCGCUCAUACACCUCCGGUGACGAUCAAAGCCGACGGAAUCAGGUCCGAUCAUCUUCUCAAAAUUAGCAGCGUAUUUUAACGCUUUUGGUUAUGGCGGCCGCCAUGGUGGAGGACAGAGCUUUCCCUGUGAAGCCUAAGCUCAAACCUAAUACUCGCAAGUCUACGUCAACUCCAGAAUCCAAAUACUGGAAAUCAUUCAAAACCCCAAAGGAACUCCCGCCGCAAACCCCAGCUUCCGGUAUAACCUCCAUCGCAUUCUCCCCGACCUCGCCGUAUGACUUCGCGGCCACACACUCUGCUUCGGUCUCCAUCUUCUCCGCGCAGACUUUCAAACGUAGGACAAUCUCCUCCGCCUUCUCUGACACCGCCACCGCCGCCGCUUUCCGCUCUGACGGUCGCCUCCUUGCUGCCGGUGAUCUUUCCGGUGCGGUCCACGUCUUUGACCUAAAAUCCCGGGUCCCAUUGCGUCGCCUCCGCGGCCACUCGCGCCCGGUGCGCGUCGUCCGCUAUCCCCGGGCGGACAAGCUCCACCUAUUCUCCGGUGGCGAUGAUGCGGUUGUUAAGUAUUGGGAUGUCACUACUGAGACUCGAAUUUAUGAUCUGUUGGGCCAUAAGGACUAUGUCAGGUGCGGCGACUGCUCUCCAGUAAGCGAUGACAUGUUUAUUUCCGGUUCAUAUGAUCAUACUGUUCAGGUUUGGGAUGUUAGGGUAAUGAACUCAGGCUCAGUGAUGAAAAUUAACCAUGGAAAGCCGGUUGAGGAUGUAAUUUACUUGCCAUCCGGGGGGUUAAUUGCAACUGCGGGUGGGAAUUCUGUGAAAAUUUGGGAUGUUAUUGGGGGUGGGGGGUUGUUGCAUGAGAUGGAGAGUCACAACAAGACUGUAACUUCUCUUUGCGUUGGGAGAAUUGGGAAAGAAACCGGAGAAGAGGCUAAUCAGUAUCGCAUUUUGAGUGUUUCUUUGGAUGGCUACAUGAAAGUUUUUGAUUAUUCCAAGUUCAAGAUUACCCAUUCCAUGAGGUUCCCAAAUCCACUUUUGUCAGUUGCCUUCUCACCGGAUUGCUCUACUAGGGUGAUUGGAACUUCAAAUGGACUUCUCUAUAUUGGGAAGAGAAAGGCUAAGGACAGUGCUGGUGAAGAGUUGGGGAGUUCUAUGGGUUUUGGUGCUGUAGAGGCACCUCAUAGGCGGGCAUUGAGGCCGUCCUAUUUUAGGUACUUCCAGAGGGGGCAAAACGAGAAGCCCUUGGAAGGGGAUUACUUGAUUAUGAGGCCGAAGAAGGUAAAGUUGGCAGAGUACGAUAAGAUGUUCAUGAAAUUUAUGCAUAAGGAGGCCUUGUUAGCUGCUUUAAAUGCAAAAAACCCAGAUUCUGUGGUAGCUGUUAUGGAGGAGUUGGUAGCCAGGAAGAAAUUGUUGAAAUGUGUGUCAAAUUUGGACAAUGAGGAGCUUGGUUUGCUUUUGAAGUUUCUUCAGCGGUACUUGACAAUGCCUAGAUAUGCAGGGUUUUUGAUGGCAUUGGCCAAGAAAGUUAUUGAUUUAAGGGGUGAGGAUAUUAAAGCCUCCGAUGCGUUGAAGGGCCACAUUAGGAACCUAAAGCGAGAUGUCGAGGAAGAAAUUAGAAUACAACAGACUUUGCAAGAGAUACAGGGUAUAGUUUCCCCCUUGUUAAAGAUUGCUGCAAGAAGAUGAAAGCAAUAUCCAAAAUCAUUAUCUUUUGCUUAAGUAGUAAUUUGUUAGAUCAAAAUUUUGUUCCCUGAGAUAUUUAUAGUUGCUAUCAUUGGAAACUCAGACCAGUCAGUUUUGUAGGUUAGAAUCUAUCAAACUAAUGUAUUGGUACUUUGUUGUUUGUGUACUUUGGUUGUGUUAUUUUCCUUAAUUGUUUUCCAAAACUGGGAGCUUUUUGGCUCUGUCUGUACUACACUUGGUCUUCAAGAAUUCUUAUUCCCAUGAAUGCGUUUACGUUUUGAAAUGCCUGAUAAACAUGGUUAUUCAACCUCUCAAA